AUGCAAGUAUCAGGUCACGUCGAUCACGGCAAGACUACUCUUACAGCUGCCAUCACUAAAAUACUCAGCGAUAAGGGCCUGGCGAGCUUCCAAACGUAUGAGGCGAUUGAUCGGGCCCCUGAGGAGAAGCGAAGAGGUAUCACCAUCAAUCAAACUCAUGUUGAGUACUCUACCGAGAAGCGACAUUACGGUCAUGUAGACUGUCCUGGCCACGCCGACUAUGUUAAAAAUAUGAUUACUGGUGCUGCUCAGGUUGACGGGGCCAUUCUCGUUGUGUCGGCGUUUGAUGGUCCGAUGCCUCAAACGAGAGAGCACAUCCUUCUCGCCAAGCAGAUCGGUGUGCCAAGGUUGGUGGUUUUCCUCAACAAGAUGGACCAAGUUGACGACCCCGAGUUAGUGGAGCUAGUCGAGCUCGAGGUCAGGGAGUUGUUGGAGUUUUAUAAAUAUCCCGGAGAAGAGACGCCUUUUGUGAAGGGAUCAGCAUUGAAAGCUCUUCGUGGGGAGGAGGGGGAGUAUGGCAAAGAGGCGAUAUUGAAGUUGAUGGAUGCAGUUGAUGAGUAUAUACCCGAGCCUCCUCGACUUCAAGACAAGCCGUUUUUGCUGCCGAUUGAGACGGUAGUUAAUAUUCAGGGAAAAGGUUACGUUGUGACUGGGCGCAUCGAGCAAGGCUUGGUAAAGGUUGGUGAUGCCCUGGAGAUCGUUGGCCAGGGUAAGGAGAAGUUCAAAUCGCAGUGUAUGGGUGUUGAGAUGUUCCACAAGACGCUUGACCAGGGCAUGGCUGGUGAUCAGUGUGGGGUGAUGUUGAAGGGCGUCAAGAAAAAUCAAAUACGGAGGGGUAUGGUGCUCACUAAGCCGGGUGCCGCGAAGACCUACACGGAGUUUGAGAGCGACUUGUAUGUGUUGAAGGAGGAUGAGGGUGGCAGAAAGAACCCUUUCCAUAGCGAGUACCGCCCCCAGGCUUAUAUUAGAACGGGAGACUGCUCGUGCAGGAUCAUACUCCCUGAUGAUGUGGAUAUGGCAAUGCCUGGUGAUAGUAUUAAAGCGACGCUGAAACUUGACAGACCUCAGGCGGUCGAAGUUGGAUUGCGCUUUGCUCUACGAGAGGGAGGGAAGACGGUUGCUAGUGGUUUGAUCACGGCGUGCAAUUCGUGA